AUGGUGUACCAUUCGGUAACAUCGGACACCGAUAACGAUGCCCAGUUUCUCAACUCUCUGGGUGGACUUCUGAUUCAGCCCCCGUCAAUCACUACCUUGUUCGUUGGAAAAAACUAUUUAAGUUUACCUGAUCCCGAAGAAAUCGGUCGGGACCCACGUCACGACUCUGAAAUCUUCCUGCGUCCCAGUUCCGUCACUGCGUCCCAGUUCCGUCAAGGCAAGAACGUUCUGGUACUUGCUGAAUACUACAACUCGGACGGCAAGGCAAAUAUGACCAACUUCUGCUCAGGACCGGAAAGUCAUCAUGCUUUGGCUUUGGAGCUUAUGCUCCUCGACCGACGGCGGCGCAAUGGUUAUCAGGAUGACGUCCUGAUGCCUGCCGGACUAGCACUCUAA